GCCGCUGCUGUCACUGGCGUCUUCCAAGUUCACAUGUCCGGCUCGUACGCCACGCCGCACUACUCCCACGCGGGACGAGGACACUUCCGGGACGUUUACGAGCCGGCGGAGGACUCGUUCUUGUUGCUGGACGCGCUGGAGAAAGAUGCGGAGGAGCUGCGGAGGCUGAGGCCCAGUGUGUGCGUGGAGGUCGGCAGCGGCUCGGGAGUGGUGUCCGCCUUCCUGGCGUCAGUGCUGGGACCUUCAGCGCUCUACCUCUGCACGGACGUGAACGCUGCCGCCGCUGAGUGCACCGCUCGGACUUCCGCCUGUAACCACGUGACCCUGGAGCCCGUCCUCACAGACCUGGUGGAGUGCCUGAUGCCCCGUUUGAGCGGCCAAGUGGACGUCCUGCUGUUCAACCCUCCUUACGUGGUCACCCCAUCCGACGAGGUGGGGAGUCAGGGCAUCGAGGCAGCGUGGGCUGGUGGUCACAGGGGUCGAGAGGUGACUGACCGACUCCUUCCUCACAUUCCAAAGCUGCUGUCCAGCAACGGGCUCUUCUACCUCGUCACCAUUGCAGAGAACAACCCAGAUGAAAUCAUUCAUUUGAUGAGCAAAGAGGGCUUAGGAGGAAGAACAUGUCUGACCACCAGAGCUGGGAGUGAGAGGCUGUCUGUGCUGUGCUUUCACCGGAUCAACGUCUGAAACGGGGGAUACUGCAGGCUCCUAAUGGAGCUGUUGAACACUGACAGUCAUGGACGACACAAGCAAGAGAUCACAGCUGUCAAACUCUUCCAAGACACGAGCAGGAAAUGACAAGCAUGCAGAAGCUGUUUUUCCAUAUUCAUGUUUCACUCACCCACAGUUGAGUUGGUCUGAAAAAAAUUAAGAUGCAUAUCUUGGUUCAUUACCUGCGUUUGAAUUAUGAUAUGAGAAAGUGUUGUUGGACGAAUGAGGCUUCAUGAAUCAUUAUCAGAGCACCCAAGAUGGCACUCUCUGCUCUAAAAUUUAUCAGUCUUGACCGCCAUCAUGUAAUGUUAAACCAUGUGUGACACCUACUGAUCUCAGAAAAUGAGGACACUGUUUCAUGAAGCCUCAUUGGCCUGACAUCAGUUCUGCGCAAUGUGCUGGUGUCAUGAAACAUUGUUGCUGGAACGGUGUCCACUAGAUGGCACUUGGAAAUGCUGUGAGUGUCAUUGAAUGAGUGGUUCAAGUCCAAACAUUUUACAGCAGACAGUGCCACCUGGUGGCCUCUGAAAAUCAGCACACUGUUUCAUGAAACCUCGUCAGCCCUUCACUGACACCAGUUCUAACGUCUUGUGUCGGUUGCAUCUUAAAACCCGUGUCCUGGUCUUAUGUGAGUAAAUGUGCUUGGUUCAUUGUGUCUUCGUGUUGUUUCGUCACAACUCAGUAUUCCACUUGUCAUGGGCAAAACAGGCUGGAAUUUUAAAGAACAAAGCCACACGAAUUACUGAAAUCAUGGAUUGUUUUUUUAAUGACCUAGUCAGGGACUAAUGUCAAUGCAGUGUAACAGUGUUGACAGUCAAGCCAGUGCAGAUGA